AUGACUGUGGUGAUAGCAGCAAUGAAGCUGUAUCGCAGCGUUCUGGCCCACUACAUCCACAGACGAGCUCUACGCACCCCCGUUUCCCGAGAGUGGCCCCACCAGUCUCACCACCAUAGCCCGAGGGCCAGGGGCCGGCAGCAGGAGCCACCAGCCAGCCAGGCACAGGACCCGAGGCACCCCGGCACACCAGAGGCCACAGCAGCAGGGGUAGACAACCGGGCGCAUACCGGCCCAGACCCCAAGCAGCACCCCCCACAGAACCCGGGCCCCCCCUUGGGGGCAACGCGCCCCAGGGAUCCCAGACCCCCCGACCCAUCCCGGACCCACCCAGCAGAGGCAACAAGCCCGCCGAACGGAAACCCUACCGACAGCGCACCGCCCGCACGCGGGGGCCCGAGCGGCCCGACAGAAACAACACCGGAAGGCCGAUACGGACGAACCGACAGCACCAACCGAGCCCCCGGGCGGAAUCCCCCACCCAAAAACACAACGAAACCACUCCAUCCCGGCAACCUCAGAGCAGCAAAGCCACCCCAGCUGCACACCAGAAGCCGGUACAAGCAGCAAAAAGGAAGCAACAGACGCGACCCUGCUGCUCCCGCCGCGAAAGCCGCACGACCCACCCCGCUCCGGCCACGCACCGCCCACGGGCUGCCGAGAGGAGGACGGCCCCCCCCCGCCACCACCAAACACCAAGCAACCCUCCACUCCCAAACCCCGUGCAUGAUGCACGGCGCACCACCGGCGCCCGCCCCAACAAAGCGAAGCCACACCACCGACCCGGGGGGCAUCCCAAAGGGGCUCCCCGAAGCCCACAACCAGCCCACAACAGACACACAUGAACCCCGGCCACAGGCGCGACCACCCCUGCACCCCCCGGAUGCAACCACGCCAGGCGCCACGGCCAACCACCAAAACCCGCCACCGAAAGUCGAGGCACGCCCCGACGCCCUGCAGAACAGAAGCCCCCCGGCCGGCACCACAGAAGAACCAAUGCCCGGCGCCCAGCCCCACCCAGCAGCAGCACAGCUACCAGGCCAGUAG